UUGAUGGAGACUGCUUGUGUUCUUGUCGGUGAGACAGACAUGAAGGACGGCAUGGCAGCAGCGGGAGAACCGGAGGAGGUUUCCCGUCAGGAUCUGUAUGAGGAUUAUAUCAAAUGUUACAUCCAGAUGUGUACAGAGGUUGGACCGUGCCGCGAUGCUCAGCUGUUGAAGAAGGCGGCUCAGUAUGUGCUCCAGGAAGCAGAGCCCACUCACACUUUCACCGUGUUUCCAUUCUACCAGAGUGUGAUGGAGGGCGCUGCUGCCCUGAGCUCUGACUACAGGAAACACCUGUCUGAUUUUAUCAAGGCCACAGAGCUGCUGGAAACUCUCUGCAUCAAUCUGUUCCUCCAACCGUGGAAGAAGGAAAUCAAGACACUCAAGUGUUUUACAGGUCCAUUUGUUUACUGUCUUCUGCCAGUUCUCAGCAGUUCUACCAUCCAGUCCGUCCUGGCCUCUAUUGGCUACCUGCCACAUCCUGAAACACCACAAAGUGAGUACAAGCUCAGUGUGGAUGCUAACCCAGACAAAGCCAUGCUGGUGGGUUUUGAGCUACUGCUGGCCAGAGUGGAGUGUCUCCACCUCCUGGAGCUCGUGGAGAAGGAGAAGGAUCACCUGGGACCACAGGAGUGGCUGGAACUUGUCCAGAGGAGAGCAGGACCUGUGAAGACAGAGGGACACACAGAAAAGAAGACAGUAGAACAAAUGGAAGAUGAGAAGAAGAAGAAGAAUAAGGAAGAGGCAAAUAAAAGCGAGGUACCUCUGUCUUUCGACACCAGGCCUGCAGUGAACUCCCAGCCCAAGUCUCGAAGCUGCCACCUUUCCAGUGUAGACCAGUCCAUCAUGGAGAUGCAGAUGACCUAUGAUGACCUGGCCAUCAGGGGCCGCCCUGUGCUACAGGACAAACCUCACAGAGCAAACAGCCACAAGAGCAGCAGUAAAUCUGUUCAUGCUGCCAGCACCAAUAAUAACAGUAGUGACAGUAAAGCUGUUCCGCCUCCUGACAGAGACUGCAUUAAAAGUACCAAACCUGCUGCCACAACUCUUAGCAGUAAACCUGAUGGCAGCAAAGUCUGUGAAAUGAUUGGCAAGAAUAGCAGAAGCAGUGGCUGCAAUGAUGGCAGCGGUGGUGGUGGUGGGAUCUCCACUCCAGCAAACAACACUAGCAGUAGCUUCAAGAACAGUGAUGGAAGCAGGGUUGAUGAUGAAGACAGGAGUCCUCAGGACAUCACUCUGCACAUCACACUGAGAGCUGGGUCUAAUGCAGAGCAGAGCCUGAAGCCUGGAGAGUCUCAACCCACAGCAGAGCCUCCUGCCUGGACACAGCAGCAGGCUGCAACAGACUUACAAAAUAAGAGGACCACCAAAAGCAGAGCAUCCCUCUCUGACCGCCACGGACGAGGAGCAGGAGCGCUGAGAGAGCUGGCAGAGAGGAUGGGUCAGCUCCAUGUCCAGCAGACCCAAAGAGGAGGCGAAGAAAAAAGAGACAACAAGACAGGAGAGGAAAACACAAAUAAAGAGAGGAGAAAGAAAGGGAGGAAAACAAGCACAGAAGAAGGAGCAGAGGAGCAGAGUUUCAGGAAGCCAGUGAUGGAGACAAGUCCAAUACAGAGCCAUCCUGCCAGUAGAUGCACCAGAUCCUUUCCGUCUGAUCCCACAGUGAUGAAAGAGCAGAAGCAGACCAGUGUGUGUCACUCAGCACCACUCAGCAUCAGUACAGCAGACUGAGGAGGAGGAGGAGGCACGAGUAACCAGGAAGGAGAAGUGAGGGAAGGUCAUACAGACAGAGCAGCAACAGGCAGAGGAGAGGAGGAUCAGAGCUUUGUUAUGGUUUAGCAUCACAUGAAAUAACAUGAUCUCAAGGGUGACCCAUACAUAUGGCAGUUAUUCAGAAAAAAACUACAGAGCAAGGUCAUAACCAGUACAAUCUGUGAGAUAGAUGUAUCAAAGAAAAAAGAGACUUUAUUGCAGAAUUCCAUUUUGUUACAUGUCAUAUUCUCCUCUUCUCACCUUACUACAGUUGCUCUCACAUAAAGGCUAAAAUACAUAUAAAUUACAAUUAGGCUACAACGAGGCUGAUGUGAACAUUUUUCCCACACGCCUGCUUGUAUAUGGUGUAAAUGGAGCAUUCCACUUAAUUCUUUUUCACUGUUAAAGAUCCCAUUUUAAUUUUACCAUAUAAAUUGCAGGAAUAUUUGCAUAUACGAAUACAUAGUUGGAGUUUUAAAAAAAAACCAACAGCAUUUUGUUUGUCUCAUAACUGACUAUAAUUGAAAACAGAGGCUUGUUUAGAGACACACCAAUUCAUUGGCACGAGUAAUUACAGACUCCACUCCUGUUCAUUACAUUUUGAUGAAAGGGCAAACCUUUUGUUUUAACAGUCCUCAUUCACAAACUGAAUGGACAUUAUAAGAAAAAUAGUUUAUUUUCAUUUAUUAAAAUGCACUGUUUAACUUUGAGGUUCAACACAUAGGUUGAAUGUGUUUUAUUUGUCGAAAAACACUGGCAAAGCUGAUAUUUUUUUAAAUUUUAUUUUAUGGCAACAUUUUGUAACCUGCUUUGGAUACAUGCCAGUUCACCUAUGUGGUACUUGUACCUGUCCAGUCAGUCAUCAUGAAGUCUGUUCUAUCUGCUUAUUUCUGCUCUGAGGAUCGAGGAGACUUGAACCAGGACACAUGAGACCAGCCUGUGCUGUUUGAACUAGUUCAACAGAUCUCUUGAUGGACUGUGCAGCUGAUCAGACUGCUCUGACACCACAUCACAUCACCACCUUGUCAUCCCAGAGUGGACGGACAAAGAACAGAUUCAACUGAAGGGUCCAAUUCCCAGAUUUGAUCAUUUUUGUUUUCUAAUUUGCCAUCUAAUUAAAACAGUGAU